AUGGGGCAGGUGGUGGAAUGUGAUCGGUGGUGGAAUGAAGGGCCGGCGAGGAAGCGCACGACGUGCGGUUGGCAUUGGAAGCAAUUGGCGUGGGGGAGAGCGGGAGAGGACUGCUAUGGUGAAAGGGAAACGGAGGAAGAGGGAGGGGUGAAGGGUAGCAAGACGUUAGAAAUGACUGAGGGCGGCGAGGAGGAGGUACGGUCGGAGCUCGGUUUGGGGGGCAGCGCGGUGCUGUGGAGGGGCUCAGUGUGGGCGAAGGCUGCUGUGGCUGCGCCUGUUGCUGUGUUGGUGGCGGCGGAGGAGGAAAGGGGCAGGCGGCUAGUGGCUUGCCUGGUCAAGUGGAUGCCAUAUGAACUAGUUUUAGAGUCACUACCAGAUAUUUGCAGGGAAGGUGAGGAUGUAUGGCGUGCUCGCGUCCCGAUCAUAUGUUUUGAGAUUGUCGAGAUGCACGUGCCUGACCGUGUGCUCAGACAAUUUGGGCUACAACAACAUAUUCUGGUCCCUGUGGAGAGAAUAGAGCGAAAUCCCAGAAAAGGUGCACAUCAUGCAAAUUGGGAAUAUAUUCGACAUGCUUACAUCGGGAGGUGA